AGGUUAAAGCGUUUGAGACUGUAUGGCUUGGCGUCAAUAGAUCUCUAACGCCCACCCUGACGACCACUAUGCUACCUUGUCAAUGUUAGCUGUCCAGUCCAAUGCUAGGGAUACGGUGAGGUAGCUGGUGAAAGGUCCUCUCUUCAUAUGUUAGCGACAGGCUGCGUGCCACUGAAAGGUUAUUCUUUCAGGGAAAUUUAAUUGAAGUCUAGUUGUCCAUUAUAUUUGUAUAAACACAAGAAGUUCAAGAUGUUAUGCAGCGACUAAAAGUGCACCAACGCCAGACGGCCACCCCAUCAAUCCAUUAAGCUAACCUUCCUAUUAAGCUAGCAAAACGUCUGCUAACAUUACCUCGAAUCAACGCCAGCGCUUCAUUAAUGCAGGCGACAAUGAAGCUAGAUUGCAAAUCAUUCCAGCCUGCCAUUUCUAGUGCCAUUUUGAUAAUUCUCACAUUUGUUUACGCGAAAAGUAGCAGCUAAUGCUAUCUGAAACCUCAGGCUACCUAAGUUCCAUUUCCUGUUUUUAAAGGUCUCUGGCAUUGUUCAGCUGGUAGCGUUGAUAAGCAUGACAGCUAUUGUCAGUAGGCCUAUAACAAAUUUAGGUUGGCUAUUACAAGUUUGACUUUAAGUAAUCGUGUUUUGUCUUGUUCCCGGUGCUGUUAAAAUAAUUAAAUUAGAUAUGUGAUAAUGUCUUGAUUUGUCAGUUUGAUGUGUGAUAUCGACUAAACCAAAGCAUUGUGAAUCCACGCGUUUCAAGUACGGAAACAGGGCAUUUAGUGUUAAUAACAUUCAAUGCUUCGUGUGUGAUUAGGCCAACAUUUGUGAAUCAGCUGAUUUUGUCUUAAAGCUUAACAGCAAACACUGGGGUGAGUCAGAAAGGGGGGCAAAUGACAAAGACGAUUAGAGUGAAAUAUGUAGACCUGACCUAAAAUGUGCGAUGACCUGCAUUGUACCAUCCAUUACUGACUAUAUUCUGCAAAGCUUAUAGAUUGUAUUAGCUGAGCUGACUUUCACUAUAUUUGUUUCUCUGGUGCGUGUGUGUUUUUCUUUUUCUCUGAAACUCCACAGGUUAUACAUAUGGCUCAGCCUGUGAGCUUGCGCUGUGUAUAGCAACACCGAUAGACCCCCUCGCCCUCUGUAGCCACAACAUUUCGCCCAACACCAAAGCACUAGAAAUAGCAAAACAGGUAAGAGGGGGGGCAGGGAGGACAACAGAGGUGGAGAAGGAGUGGGUGGAGGUGGGUGGUAAGUGAUUGUGGAUGGUGGUGGGAUUCGUGGGCUCUUCCUGACCCCGCCUUGAGACCUGCCCUGUCAGGCCUCGCCCAUCCCCUCUUCUCAGCCUGCUGUCGGUCCAUGUUCCCUAUGCUAACCCUGCUGAGCAUGUUCUACUACAUCUGUCUGCGGCGCCGCUGUAGGAGUGGGUCCCGGAGCGAGGCGCUGGGCAGCCGGAGGGCUGUGGAGCUGGCGCAGAGAGCCUCCGGCCCAGCAGGGGGCGGUAGUGUCGGCGGUGUCAGUAGUGGUGGCGAGCUGGAGCAGUAUGCCAAGGAGGUGGUAGACUUCAGCUCGCACUAUGGCAGUGAAAACAGCAUGUCGUACACCAUGUGGAACCUGGCCGGGGCGCCCAACGUCUACCCGAGCUCGGGUGACUUCACGCAGACGGCCGUGUUCAGGACGUACGGGCGCUGGUGGGAGCGGUGCCCCAGCGCGGGCGCCCCAUACAGACGCACGCCCAGGUCCUUCCACAGCAGGGACUUCCUGGAGCUGGCCUUCGAGGAGCCCGUGUACCCCACAGCCGUGGAGGUGCUGGAGACCUACCACCCGGGGGCAGUGGUGCAGAUCCUGGCCUGCUCACUCAACCCCUUCUCCCAGAACCCACCCACUGACGUCCGGUGGGAGGUGCUGUGGUCAGGGGAGCCCAGUAAGGCCCUAGCGCCCCAGUCCCGCCAGUUCUCCCCUAGCAUCCGCCAUCUGAGCUUCCCCACCAACCUGCUGAGGGUGGAGGUCAACAGCAGCCUGCUGGAGUACUACACGGAGCUGGACGCGGUCAUCCUGCGUGGCGUACGCGAGCGGCCCAUGCUGGCCCUCUACAAGAUACCCCUCAUCGACAUGAACGACCUGAGCGACGGCGAGGACGAGACUGCUAUCGGCAUCGGCAGCCAGCGCCACCCGCAGGCCGGAGACGGCAAGUACAACAACACUGGCAACGGCUACUUCGACAAGCUGCCUUAUGAGUUGAUCCAGUUAAUCGUGAGCCACCUGACGGUGCCGGACCUGUGUCGUCUGGCCCAGAGCUGUAAGCUGCUGCAGCAGCAUUGCUGUGACCCACUCCAGUACCUGCAGCUGAGCCUGCAGCCCUACUGGGCCACGCUGACCGAUGCCUCGCUCGUCCACCUGCAGCCCCGCUGUGUCCUGCUGCAGCGCCUCAACAUGUCCUGGACCGGCAACCGCGGCGCACUCACCUCCAACGGUUUCUGCAGUUUUCUGAAGGCGUGUGGUCAGAGUCUGGUGAGUCUGGAGCUGUCAUGUUGUCACUUCCUGACCGAGGCAAGCCUGGAGGUCAUCUCGCAGACGUGUCCGGGCCUCCAGGAGCUCAACCUGGCUUCCUGUGACCGCCUGCAGCCUCAGGCCUUCAGCCACGUGGCCAAGCUCAACAGCCUGCGCCGCCUCGUGCUCUACCGCACCAAGAUAGAGCAAACAGCCUUGCUGAGCAUCCUGACCUUCUGCACGGAGCUGCAACACCUCAACCUGGGCAGCUGUGUGAGGAUCCAGGACUACGACGUGGUGGCCAGCAUGCUGUCGGUGCGCUGCCGGCGUCUGCGCUCGCUGGACCUGUGGCGCUGCGGCAGCCUGACGGAGCGAGGCCUGGCCGAGUUGGCCGCGGGCUGCCCCCUGCUGGAGGAGCUGGACCUGGGCUGGUGCUCCACCCUGCAGAGCAGCUCGGGCUGCUUCCAGCGGCUGGCCCGCCGCUUGCCACGCCUGCGCAAGCUCUUCCUCACCGCCAACCGCACCGUCUGCGACGCCGACGUGGAGGAGAUGGCCGCCUGCUGCCCCGCGCUGCAUUACGUCGACAUACUGGGCACACGGAUGGUGAGCCCGGCCUCCCUGAGGAAGCUCCUCCAAUCAUGUCCAAACCUGAAGCUGGUGGACGUGUCCUUCUGUUCACAGAUUGACACUCGGGCUGUACAGGAGCUCUCCGCUCUCUUUCCUAAUGUGGCUAUCAAGAAGAGCUUUACACAGUGACACUGUGCCACAAAACACACACACACACACACACACACAAACGUUUUUAUUAAAACACAUACACACUGGCUCUCUUAACCCACCCACACAUGCAGACAUGCUGCAGAGGCCAGAGGUAAACCGACAGCGGCAGCUUCUCCGUACGUGUGUGUGUGUGUGUGUGUGUGUGUGUGUGUGUGUGUGUGUGUGUGUGUGUGUGUGUGUGUGUGUGUGUGUGUGUGUGUGUGUGUGUGUAUGUGUGUGUGUGUGGAGAAAGGAAUAAAGUGGGGGUUGCUUUAGCUGUUGACUUUCGGCUGGGAAGCACAUGCUGAACGCUGCUGGCCUUGGCGGUUCCAGAAGGCUUUUCUGAUGGGGUCAAAGAUCGCUGACGUUGACACCCCCAGAUUGCAUUAAGACGUUGGCACCUUGUGUUGCCAGGUCAGGGUGCCCUUCCUAAGCCCACGGAGGUUAGUUGUCCCUCUGCCGUGUCUGUAAAGAAACCUGAGGCUGACCUCAGUGGAAAUCCAAAAUCUCAGGGUUUUAUUUCUUUCACUCUGUCUUCUGUUGUUAUUGUUGUUUUUAUUUACUUUUCUGAUGCCCUCGGCUGACUGCGUUUGAUGGAGAGUGGCGAGUCGUACGGGCAAGACUGGCACCAGUGCCACCCACUGCCACCGAUAUUUUUCAUUUCAAAACGGACAGUUGCUUCAACAUUGCAAGAGCCUUUUAGAUAAUGUAUUGGUGUUGAAUGUUUUGAAGGAAAAAAAAAAAAAAAAAGGAAACGCACACAAAUGAUUGUGUACUUGUUAUGCCAUGUUCAAUAUUAUACAAAAUUAACAAACUGUCAACAGUACCAAUGUAUGUACACUGUGGUGCAUAUCCAAGGUUUUUUUUUUGGUAAAACUUGAAGUUUUCAUUUAAUUCUGCUCUGACGUAUAGGUAACGUUUCCCUGUGCCUUAUUUUAAUAACUACAUGUGGUAUGCCUCUCUAUGCCUAUGUGCGUGUGUGUGCAUGUGUGUGUGCAAUUAGAUACGUUGAGAAAUAGUUUUUGUUUGCCCUAAUCAGACGUUGAAUGGGAACUCAGGGCACAGAAGUAGAUUAGUGUCCUGUUUUUAUAAAUUUAUUUAAGUCCAGGCUUUUCAAAUAUGCAAUGUUUUACUUUCCUGUAGGAGGCAUCAGGCCUCCAGAAACCACUGUCAUGGUGCUUCUGGAUUGCAAGCACAUACACGCUCACACACAAAUACAAUCCAACCUUACUGUCAAAGAUAUUCUCUUAAGUUUUGAUAUAUAAAUUUAUGUGUGUGGGGGUUUGGGGUAGAUGAAGGGGGCAGAAGUGAUAUUUGUUUAAUUUAUUGAUAUUUUCUGUUGUCGAAAUGGCGUGAUGCCCGGUCAGUGUUGGUCAUGUGAUCGGCACUGGGCGAUCUGAUUGGUAGUGUUGGCCGUUCAGGAGGAUCUAGACAUCUCAGUUGAAUAAAUUGAGAGUUGAUGAUCAGUAA